GCCCGCUUGCACGAAACACUUUGAGGACACUCCGGGACAAUCCUCGGCACUUUCCUUCCUCUGUGAUGUCCUCAAGCGGAAAAGUGGCUUGCACGAAACAAGUUGAGGAUCGUAGCCAUGAGGAAGGUAGGACGGCGGCGCCGAAAGGGCUGAGGAAGCUACUGGCACUCUCAACGCAGCUUCGACCGUCUUUUACGCUAGCACUAACAUGGACCGCAUGGAUCGUGUUGUGACGCUGCGACGCCGUCAUCGGCUGUUUCUCGCGCUCUCGUUGUCACGGCAGCGAGUCUACCGAGACCGUGAAAAUCCUUUGGAGUGUCUAGACGACGGUGAGCUGCAACGGCGGUUCCGCUUUACGAGGGAUGGAAUAUUUUUCAUUACGUCCCUCGUUGCUCUCGACAUCGAGCCUGCGACCCGUCGGAGCCAGUCCCUCCCGUCGUCGUUACAAGUGCUACUGACAUUGCAGUUCCUCGCUACUGGGAACUUUCUCAUCACAGCGGGUGACGUGGUCAACGUGCACGAAGCAACAGCCUGUCGUGUAGUGCACCGCGUCGUUGCAGCGCUGUGCAAGAGGGUCGGAAAGUUCGUCCGGUGGCCAAGAGGUGAGGAGAUAGCAAGGGCCCAACACCAGUUUUAUCAGCUGGCCAGUUUUCCUGGGGUUGUGGGAGCAGUGGAUGGCACCCAUGUUCGCAUCCAGGCACCGUCAGCACACGAGACAGCUUUCGUCAACCGCAAGAACUACCACUCCAUAAAUGUUCAGCUCAUUGCGGGUGCUGACUGUAAGAUCUUGGACGUGGUUGCGAACUGGCCCGGUGCCACCCAUGACUCUAGGAUACUGCGUGAAAGCACCAUUGGGAGGGAGCUGGAAGCUGGAGUCCACACUGGGCUUCUUCUUGGUGACAGCGGGUACCCCUGCAAACGCUGGCUGAUGACACCGUUUCUCCAGCCCCGAAACAGAGCACAAGAGAAGUACAAUGCUUCACACUCGACAACACGGGCUUUGGUAGAGCGGACAAUUGGUCAGCUGAAAAGGAGGUUUCACUGCCUUCACAGUGAGCUGCGAGUGCUAACAAAGCAUACCUGUCCUAUCAUCGUGGCAUGCUGUGUCCUUCACAACAUAGCCAAAGAUUUCGGCAGUGAAGUGCAGGAGGCAGACAGCGACAAUGAUCACGACCCCGAUUACGACCCCCAGCUGGUGUCCAGUUAUGAAGGACGUCAGGAUGGCUUCAUGUACAGAGAUGCCAUCGUACGUCAGCAUUUCACAUGAGCAGUCCCUCCUGGCUCGCUGGGAACGCGCAUUCGUACUGCUUCGUGCCGGCUGCUCCUCUGCACCGUUCCCAGCACCGGCAAACGGCUGUGAAGAGGCACUACCCCUUGUGCCACCCACCUCGCAAGUCACGACAAAGUUAUCAUCUUCACGCAGCCCAACUACAGGCACAACAUCCUGGACCACAGUACCAUAAUCGUGGU